AUGCCGGUGGCCACGGCUGACCUAUCCCCGACAUUUCCCCUUCCCCAAGAACUCAUUAUUGACAUCCUGUUACGACUCCCUACAAAAUCCAUCGGCAAAUUGAGGCUCGUUUCGAAGCCAUGGCACUCUCUACUCUACGACCCACUAUUCAUCAAAGCCCACCUUGCCUUCCACCUCGAUGACCAGGAAAAACUCAUCAUCGUUUCCUCCUCCAGUACUCCCGCUUUCCAGUACUUCACGAUCAAUUUUUCCACCACAACUUUCCCCUCCCCUAACAAUUACGUCAGGAUUUCACAAAAGCUCAACCGUCUUUUAGAGAACACAUUGAGCAGCGCCAGAAUUGUGGGUUCUUGCAAUGGGUUGGUGUUGGUAGCAAAUGAUGGAUUGAGAAGGCGUGAGUUUAGCAGCAAACAUUUACUAGCACUUGAUACCAUGUAUUUGGUAAACCCCACAACCAAGGAGCGUUUAAGAUUACCAAAGGGCCCUUUUAAUUUGGUGGUUGGGAAUGCCGGGGUUGCUUUCGGUUAUGAUAGUUUUAAUGAUGACUAUAAAAUCAUCUGGCCUUAUGGGGGUACAACUAUUAGGCGUUCUGAAAAUUUUGUAAUUGUUUUCAGUUUGAGGAAUGGGACUUGCAGGAGACUUUAUAAUUGUUCUUACGCUCCUACUACUCAUUCUGGGGUGUUUCUGAACGGUUCUGUGCAUUGGCUUGCUCAGUCUAGAGUUGAUGAAUCGCAGGUUAUAGCCGCUUUGGAUUUGAGUACCGAGGAAUUUAAGCAAGUGCCAUGGCCUAGUGCUGGUUGUAGCACUCGCAAUUGGGGUUCAUUGGCGUCUUCUAAGCAGCUUGUUGUUCUUGGUGGAUGUCUAGCAAUGGUUGUGGAGCAAUCUAGUCAGCAGAUGGAUAUUUGGAUGAUGAAGGAUUAUGGUGUUGGAGAAUCUUGGACCAAAUUUGGAGUUAUUAUACCAAAAGUUGUUGAACAUUAUUAUAAACCUAUUUGUCUAUUGGGGGAGGAUGAUGUUGUUUUGGACAAGAAUGGUCAGAACCUUGUUGUUCAUAAUUUGAGAGAUGGAACUACAAGGGAAAUAUUGGUUGCUGGCAUUAAUAGAGAUACUUCCAGAGAUGUUGGCUGCUUUCUCGAGAGCCUUGUCUCGCCUACUUUCUACAGUCAGAAAUGGAGAGCAACAUCAUUUUGA